GGCUCGGACGCCCUCGGUCCAGCCAGCUGGGCCCCAGAGGACACGAGAGGACUUAGGGCCCAGGGCGGGUGGUGAGUGCAGCUGCCCCCGUGGAUCGCAGAGAGGCUCCCAACAGCAGGGCCCGCCCCCCGCCGAGCCAGCCAGGAUGUUCGGGUUCUGGAGAGCCUUCACCAACGUGCUCUUCUACCUCACUCUGGCCAUCGGCCUCGGAGGGCUGCUGGGCAACGGGCUGGUCCUCUGGCAUCUGGGCUUCCACAUCAAGAAGGGCCCCUUCUCCGUGUAUGUCCUCCACCUGGCCGCCGCGGACUUCCUGUUCCUCGGCUUCCAGGUGGGCUUCUCCAUCGCCCAGGCCGCCCUGGGCUCCAAGGACAACCUCUACUUCGCUGUCACCUUCGUGGGCUUCGCCGUGGGGCUCUGGCUGCUGGCGGCCCUGAACGCCGAGCGCUGCCUCUCUCUCCUCUUCCCCACCUGCUACCAGGGCCACCGCCCCAGGCACACCUCGGGCGUCAUCUGCGGCCUGGUCUGGGCCCUGACCCCGCCGGCCGUGCUGCUGCCGGCCCACACCUGCGGCCUGCUGCGGGCCAGCAAGCGGCCGCUCACCUGCCUGCGGUACCACGCGGCCAGCGUCACGUGGCUGCUGUCCCUGGCCUGCGUGGCCUGCGUGGCCGGACUGGUCCUCUUCAUCUGGGUGGCCUGCUGCUCACAGCGCCCGCGGCCCCAGUUCUUCGGCGUCACCGUGGGCUCCGCGCUCCUGCUCUGCUUCUGCGGCCUGCCCCUGGUCCUCUACUGGAGCCUGCAGCCCCUCCUCAGCUUCCCGCUGCCCGCCUUCUUCCCGCUGGCCGUGCUCCUGGCCUGCGUCCACGGCAGCGCCAAGCCGCUCCUCCACUUCAUGGCCGGCCGGCGGCCGGGCCCGCGCCAGCCCCUGCGGGCCCUGCUGCAGAGGUCCCUGGGGGAGCAGGCCCAGCGGGGGGCCCGCGGGCUGUCCCUGCCCAUGAGCCUCAUGUAGGGGCUGCCCUGGCCCGGCCCGCCCCCCCAUCCUUCCCAGGUGACCCCCAGCCCCAGCUCACCGGCCCAGGGGACCUAAGGGCUGAUCAGGGACAGAGGGAGGGUGGGGGUCCUGACCCCUGCAGCCCCUGGAGCCUGAGGAGGUCGGGGAGGCCUGGGAGUGGGGACGAAGGGAGUCCGCGGGCCCAGCGCCUGCCUCCCCCCACCCUGCAGGCACCGGGGCUGAGGAGGGGUGGCCCCAUAGGGCCCAUGAAGGGGCUGGAGGGGUGGCUGCUUGUGCUGGGAUGUCCGUGCUCCACGCCCACUAGGGCCACGCUGUUGACGCUUCCUUCGCGCAGGGUGAUAGAACCCAGCCAGCCUCGGCUUUUGCGCCCCACCGACGUCCCCCGCCCCCUGGGAGUUCCUCGCCGGCCGCCAGAAGGCGCUGUGUCCUCACCUAAGCCACCCCUCCCCCCCAAAGUGCGCAGCAGGGAGCUAGCUCUCUGCAGGGGUGGGUGUGCGGAGCUUGGACUCCUGCCCUUCCGGCCCCAGCCCCGCCCCGGCCCCACCCUCACCAAGGGCCCCGGACACCCUGCUACCCGCAGGGGUGCUCCAGCCCCCAGCCCCCGACUUCAUCCUCAUCCUCAUCCUCCCCACCUCCCCGGUAUCCUUAGCUCUCCCACCCAUUGCCACAUCCCUGCCUGCUUCCUGCAGACCCUGCCCAGCGGGAUUCACCCUGAGGCUUUCCCUGUGAGGGAAGGGAGAGAGAGACGGGGAGGGACGGGGCGGGACUGGGAGGACAGAGGGAGGGACACAAAGCCAUGCUUUUUAGCUUUCAAAGUGCAAAUCACUUUACGUCUUUUCUAUUAAGAAAAAAGGAUAGUCCAUGGUCAUUGUCAAAAUGUUGAAGCCCUACAGAAAAUAUUGAAAAGAUGAAUCACCGAAUCUCUUUGGAGCCAAAGGGAGACGUUUUGGGCGAGAACCCUCUGGCUACGUCUGUCUCCAGUAGAGAGAGACCCACAGAAACAGCAGCUGUUACCCAGAGGACACCGAAUUCACGCUAAUUCUGUACCUGUCACAACAAAGCUUUUUACAAGCACAGAUUUGUUUUAGAAAGUUAUAAAUGUUUUUCA